AUGUCAUCUCCAACAAAUAGAUUAAACAUAAGGAAACGGAAAAAGGUUUAUAGCAAUGAAUCUAAUCUGUCCAGACAGCAACAGCAACAAGAGUUUCUCCCGUUGGAAUUGACAAAUACUUCAUUAGAACAAAAACCUACCCAACCUUUAGAAGAUGAUAAAUUGAUAAACUACAUAAAUAAAAUGCAUCCCAGGGUAGAUGUUUCACAACCAGAUAAAGUCACUUAUAUAACAAUUUUGCUAACUUUAUCUGAGCCUCAAAGAAUCUUAGAGCAGAAACAGAAACUUAUUGACAAUUUCAAAAUUGGAGAUAUUCUUGUGACAGACCCAGUUCCUGGUUCUAUCGACCAAUACCUCACAAUUUACGGGGAGCCAACAUGUAUCACCAAAUGUUUAAUGUAUGUCAUUUAUUAUUUAAACGUGAUAAUGCAUAUAAAUUAUGAUUUAUUCACAUUUAAGACGGCAAACUAUAAAUUUACAAUCUUGUUAAAUAGCCAGAAUUUAAAAUUUAAACAUAACUUGAAAUACCUUGAUAUAGCUCAAUAUAGCGAAAGCAUUUACUCAGGGUUUAUUCAGGGAGAUUUGCACUCUAUCUUUAAUUUUGUUCUACAAACAAUCGAGCAGGGAAAUAAUGUCGAUAAUGGGGGCAUUAACAACUCUCCUAUAUUUGGAUUACAUAUUGAUUCUGCUUUAUGCCACCGCACCCUGAAAGACAAGGAACUGAUAAAUAAAGCAAACAGCAGGCUAUUAGAGUAUUUAUAUUCGUCUACAGGUAAAUUGCUGUAA